AUGGCGUUUGAUCCUAAGACUUCGGUUCCACAACAUAGUAGACGAUCUCCAAAGACAUUAAGAAUGUGUUCACAAGAACAGUGGGAAACAUUUGGCAGAGGAGGGAAGAGUGGUAGUUGUCUUGGAGAACCUAUAUCUUCUCAAGUGAGAAGGAACUUGCCAGCAUUUCAUGAUCUUCGAUUGCAUGGGGAAGUAUCCACAGAGUCAGAAGAAACCUCAAGUGGCAAAGAAAGUGUACCAAGGGCAUACAUUACGGCGGAUCUUAAGCAAGUUGUACUUACAUAUGAUCAGGUAGCACCAAUUGAACUGGAAGGACUGGAGAUUAAGAAAAUAAGUAUUCUAGAGCCAUUCAUUGAAUUUCAUAAUUCUCAAUGGCAGGAACUCAAAAGGAGCGGUUCUACUUUUGAUCCAUGUGCUGUCUGGGUUUUUGAAGCAGACUUAACAGCUGGCAAUGAAAGCAAGGCAAAUAUGACAGUGAUGUUACAUAACACGGGAUUGGGAAUAGGUUUAUUUGUUGCCAGAGUUAAGUGUCCCGCAUUUGCAAUAUCGUUUGAUCGCAGUCAAGUUUCUGUAUAUCUCCCAUCGGGUGAAAGUAAGAACUUCACAUUUGGUUUGGAUGCAAGUCAAUUUACAGACCACAGAGAGGUUUCUCAAGAAUGUCGUUUUCGAGCUUCAGUCAGGAGUCAGCCAAUGUUUUCUGAUGUGGGCAAGAGUAUGGGUACAUGUCGUAAAGUCAUUACAUCAUACUUUGGCAGCUUUACUCCAGUUUGUGAACUUGUUGACAAAGAUCCUGUGCUUCUGUUGCGAAUAUUUGAAGCACUUGGAAACAAUGAAACUGUAAAGGCUAUACGAAUGAUUGAAAUGACUCAUAGCCUGAGGUUUAUCAGUGCAGUUCAAAUCAAACUGACAGCACACGGAGGAACGUUGAAAGCAAUUUCCAACAUUCGUGUUGUUUGCCAGCAGGCCUACAUUGGACUAAAUUUGGAGACUUUACUUUAUGACAAUCUACUUGCAUCAUCACCGAUUGUAGAUGAAUACUACGGUUCUUUUCCGCAGGCCAUAUUUUUCUUUGGAAGAGAGAAUGCCGACAUGAGAUCUCAGUGCUAUUUUGAAGUUUGGGCUCAUCGUCCGCAUUACCGAUGUCACCAAAAGGAAGUAAUAGUGAAAGAGAAGAUUAUUUUGACUCAAAGGGAUCAAAUUCAGCUUAGUAAGUUUUACAAUAAAUUGAUUUUCGUGGCUUAGCGAGCUGCCAUUUAGGCUCUUCAGAGCUUG